CAAUUUUUUUGUAAAAUAUCUACAAAGUACUUGUUGCACCUACUUUCAAAAGUUGAAUUUUUACCUGUUUAUAUAAGAAAGUGAACACGAUAUCUAAUUAGCAUGUCGUAGUAUUGGUUUUAAAAUAUUUUAUCUAUUUUACCGUUAAAUUAAGGGAAGGGGAGACGGAUAUGUGUGUUAUUUGUGAUAACUUAAUCCGUUACGACUUACGAUUACGAUGCACCUGCAGUGCAGAUACAUCAAGCGUUGAUUAACGUUACGCACAGAAGCUUGUGAGCGUUGUUUUACAUGGAAGAGGUGAAUUAGUGAAACUUGUAACGUUAGCUACGUGGAACCAUUUAUUGUAAUAAUAAUAUUAAAAAAAAACACAAACCUGACAACAGAGGAGUCAUCAGAUCACAAAAUGACUCACAAGUGGUCAAUACCAUGCCGCUAUUGUUUUGUUUUUCAAUACCUGCUCAUCCGAUGAGUAAGAACCGAGGAAUGCAACUUAGAAGAUAGUCGUCAAUAAUUUCAUAGUUUGGCGGGAAGAUUUAUGUGAUGUUAUUAUGUGCUGAGAACUUGUGUUAUUCAUUAUUGCUAUGGCGCAGAGUUCUGUAGAUUCCGAUAGACUGUCAUCAGCAGGUAUAUCAACUCACAGUUCUGGAACUGCUGGUACAGUUGGUGGUUCAGUGGUUGGUGUGAGAGUGGGAGAUUCAAAUCUUAAGAGGGAAGAUGAAGAUGAUUAUAACUUGGGACCUCUACCACCUAUGUGGGAGAAAGCAUUUACUCCCUCUGGGGAGAAAUAUUUCAUCGACAACAACACUGGCACAUCACAUUGGUUGGACCCUAGAUUAGCGAGGGUUAGAAAGCAUUCUCUCGGUGAAUGUGGUGAAGAUGAACUGCCAUAUGGCUGGGAGAGGGUUACGGAUGAGAGAUAUGGUUCCUAUUACGUCGACCAUAUCAAUAGAAGAACACAAUAUGAAAAUCCCGUGUUACAGGCUCGGAGGCUAAGAGCUGAAAAAGUGGCUGCAGAGAAUGGAAAUAACAAUCAAGUAAAUGGACCUCAACCUGCUGGGGAAUUACGAGGGGAGAGAUUCACUAUUACACUUACUAAGGGAACUCAGGGUUUAGGUUUCACUUUGAUCGGCGCUGAAGGUACACCUGAAACGAAUGGCUACUUACAAAUCAGAAGUAUUGUCCAUAACAGCCCGGCCUGGAUUGAUGGUGGUCUUCGGCCAGGUGAUGUGGUGAUGGGCGUGGGCUCCAGACUGGUCCGUGGUCUAACCCACGCUCAAGUAGCACAGAUCUUCCAAUCCAUACCGGCCGGAACGGACGUCACACUACAAGUCGUUAGAGGAUAUCCACUAUCAUUUGACUCCGAGGAUCCGAACACGCGUGUGUUGUCAACCCUAGCGGUUGAUGCCAACCCUACCACACCAGAUGCAGUGGCCAUGCAACAACUAACAAGAGCACUUAGAACUAGGUUUAACCUGGAUUCUCCAAGUGAUGGUCAAAGUCGAGACGAGCCGGACACUUCAGUUCCAGAACACAGUCCGGACCAGAGACGGCUUAUGUCUCGCUCCUUUGACUUGGAUGAACUGAACAAUGAGUCCAGCACUGUACCUCCUAGGUGUCCAUCUGCUGAUCACCUGCUCAGCUUAGUCACUGAUCAACAUCGCAAUAACAAUGUAGCAAAUGAGCCGGGGAGGGAAUUAGAGGUGACUCUACGACGAGGAGCCGCUGGGUUUGGAUUCACCAUAGCUGACAGCGUACACGGACAGAAAGUUAAAAAGGUGUUGGACCGCAGCCGCUGUGCUGGUCUCCGCGAGGGGGACCUGCUGUUGACCAUCGGGGAUAAUGACGUCAGACACGCCCGACACCAACACGUUGUUCAGGUCCUCAAAGACUGUCCAGCUAUGUUGGAAACGACGUUAAGGGUUUGGAGACGAAACACCAUCACAAGAGCUCCACGAAGCAGAUCCGCCACAAGAGUUCAAACAACCACUACCAACAACAACCAACUCGGCAGAAGUAAGACACCAACAGCCGAGCAGUUGAGGUCUCCGCCUACCUUACACACGGAAAGUGAUAUAAGAGAUAUACAAAACGGAAUGGAUUCAGUAGAAGCUACUUAUGCGGUCCCAACUCAUAAAAAUCGGGACAACAGAGAGAGUAUAAUGGAACGGCGUCGUAGAAGUAGCACCCCGGGAGCUAGACUCACGCUGCCAGCCGUUACCCCCGUUACUCCUGUUACCCCAUGGAACGAGUACCAAGACUGGCAACAUCCGUGGAACAGGGGAACGGACAACACAAAUAUUAUACGCAACUGGGCUGAAAAUAACCAAAAAUGGGAUGAGAAUCAAAAAUGGGAUGGAAAUAAUACUGAAUAUAUUGGUAGGGUAGAGGGUAACGGGUGGGAGGGGAACGGGGAGCGGUGGAACAAUAAUUGGGGGGAAGUCCCGACUCCCACAGUGCAUGUGGAUAUGAACGCUGGUUAUUGGAGGGGAAAUGCGAGUGUUGCUGACAGUAGCGAUCAUGGAGGAUUCCCGGAGGACGGUCUCCUGCCAUCCCCCGCGGGCUGUCCGCUUGGGGCGUCACCCGCCAGGCCGGGGCCCAGCUCGCAUUCACCAGACAACUCUACAGGUCGUCUCCGGUCUCACUCUCCGUCCACAGCGAGUGCCACAGACCGUCUACUGUCUUCCUCUCCCUCCAGGCUUCAAAGCCAAUCCCCUUCAAACCAUUCCAGCAGCAGUCGUGUUAAAGGCUCUCCUUUACGUCUGCGUGGAAACUCCCCGGCACAUUCUCCUAGGUUCGAGGGUGAAGCGCCCCCAGCCUUAUACGUCGCGAACUACCCUCAGGUGGAAGCAGGUGGCAGCACAGACCCGGAAGCGGAUGUCCUGGUCCGUCUGGCUCGCAGCUCAGCCGGUUUCGGCUUCAGGAUAGUAGGAGGCACUGAGGACGGCAGCAGAGUCGCCGUGGGAUACGUUGUACCAGGGGGUCCAGCCGAUGGUUUGCUACGACCUGGUGACCUUUUGACCUCUGUGGAUGGGAUCCCACUCGCGGGGGCCACACACGCCUUAGCAGUGGCAUAUGUUUGCCAAGCCGCCUCCAGGGGUCAUGUUACGCUCGGCGUGAGACACAAUCGGGCCGACAUACAGGCGCUAGGACUACCCGCGUUACCGACACAACCAUUGCUAGCCGAGCCCCUGCACGGCCCCACAUACAACAUCCUGCACCCGGCGCCGUUCUACUCUUCCAAUACAGCCAUUCCUAGGUAUGGGGUUCAAUAUGACACUAACGCUGGUUGGUGUUCGGCGCCUUAUGACGUCACGGUCACCAGGAAUGACGGAGAGGGGUUCGGGUUUGUGGUCAUAUCGUCCACAAACAAAGCUACCAGUACUAUAGGUCAAUUGAUACCCAACUCUCCAGCGGCUCGUUGUGGUCGUCUCCGUGUGGGGGACACCAUAGUGGCCAUCAACGGCACCGCAGUCCGCGCCCUGCCCCAUCCUGAAGUUGUGUCACUCAUCAAGCGAUCCGGGGCUUCAGUCACAUUGACCGUAGCCCCGCCUGACCUGCGACACGACUGAUACAACAUUCACACAAGCUUUACAACAAGUCUUAACGAUCCAGUCAAUGCAAUGAUUAUGUCAUAAAACUAUAAGUCAAAAUUUUAUAAAAAGUGACAAGAAAUUUUCUCACAUAUCAUACAACUUUCCCAUUAAAUUGUCCAAGUAUUAUGUACUCAUACAAUGGGUCUUCUUGAUAUAGUAUUGUUGCUAUCCAACCUUGAAUCACUUAUAACUUUUUUACAAACUUUAUCAAAAUAAUGAUGUCUGAUACAAACAAAAUAUAAUAAAUAUUUUUUAGAUAAUUUGCUACAUACAUAACUAUUUUCAAAAUUUUGCCAUUUAAAGUCGAAGUAAUUGAAUUACAACAAAAAAAAAUGCCUACUUCCUUUUCAGUGCUCACAAAAGCUUGAUAACGAACUUCAAUGAGUGUUGCCACUGUCCUUUGCAUAGGGUAUUGCAUCCGAUAGCUUUAAUUUAAUAUCAAAUGUAUUGUUAAGUAAGGAAUAGAAUAUUUUAUCAAUAGGAAAAUAGUUUGGAAUCUACAUAGAAUAGUGUUAAUUCCCUUCCAAUUUACCGUCCAAAUUUUCUAUACGCAAUGAAGUUAAAAUUCAAAUUAACCUACUUCCAUUGUUUUAUAUGUGUAUUUGCUCAAGAUCUGUUCAAUUGAGUUGAGAAAAGAAAAUCAGAUCUUACUGUAUAUAAUAUUAUUAAUAUGCAUGUUUGUUGCGGGAUUUAAAUAUUAACUAUUGUUACUCAAUCAUCACUGAUGAAAUGUUAAUUACAAGAUGCACUUAAAAACACUUUAUAGGUAAGGAUAAUAUAUGUUAGUGUAUUGUCAAAUAUUAUUUUUUUUAUAUACAAUCUCAAUAAGGAUUUUAAAUGUAUGAAAUCAAUAUUAUAAUAAAAGGAACCACCGAAUGGAGUGUUAAGGUAUAAUAAUUGAUAAAUAUAAAAACUACUUUAAGAUAUAACCGUGCCCGGUAGAAUCCUUCUUGCCUUACAACACUAACGCCCAAAGAGUGCUCGGAUUUUUUGUCCUGUCUUUGUAUUUGCGUAUUUAAAUAACUUUAUUCUUAAUAUUGUACGCUAAGAAUUAGUUUAGUUAAGAUUUUAUAGAAAAAUUAUAAUGUGCCUUGUUAUUAAGUACAUAUUGUAUAUUUUAUGACGUGACAUUAAAUUGAUAAUAUAUCAAUUGAUGCUAAACUAGGUUUUAUACUCUGCGGUGGCAAUUUUUUUUAUAUAUUCCAGUUGUUUUUUAAAUUAUAUUAUAGUUAAAAAAUAGUGUAAAUGCAUUCUACCAAUCUUCUAAUUUUAUUCAUAAAAAUUUUAAUCAUAUGUUGGAAAUGCCCAUUUUGUACUUUAGUUUAAAAUAAAGUCUUAACUAAAUCAACCUCAUAAAAACCUAUGGUUAAAAACUUAAAUUAUAUAAAGUAAUAUGAUCACGUCCAUGGAGGUUGAAUAAAAUUAUAUGUACCUAUACAUAUACAAUAAUAACGAACGUCAGUAAUUUUAAUGCAAAAUAAGAUUCUAUGGAUUUCGCAUUUGUACCAAUAAUUUGACAAUAAUAUUAUGUAAAUUCAACGGUCACAUUAAAUAAGUAAAUACACAUAUUUUUAUAA